AUGGCCUCUGCUGGGCCUUUCGAAAUCACCAUACUCGGUGCCACCGGGUGGACGGCUACUAUUUGUGCCGAACACAUCACCAAGACCUUCCCAACAAGUACGAGAUGGUGCAUUGCUGGUCGGUCAGCCGACAAGCUCGAACGUCUCCGGCAGAGUUUAAGAGCUAUCAACCCAGACCGACUUGAACCGGAAAUCCAUAUUGUUCCCCGACUUGAUUCCGAGUGUCUCGACCCGCUCAUUGGCAACACCAAGGUUCUCAUCAACGGCAUCGGACCUUAUCACCGAUAUGGAACCCUUGUGGUCGAGUCCUGCGCUCGGAAUGGCACCCAUUACGUCGAUUUCAGCACCGAGACAGCUUGGAUUGCCGACAUGAUUCGUGACUACCAUAGCCUGGCGGAACAGUCGGGGGCCAUUAUUAUUCCAGCCAUCUCCGGCUCCAGCUCUCCAUCCGACCUGGUGGCAUGGCUGCUUGUGACCCAUCUUCAUGACCAUGGGCUCCCAGCACCAUCCGAAGUCGUUUGCUCAGGAAAACUCAACAUGUUGGGAAUGCAAGGCGGCUCCCUUCACACUGUUCUUGAUGUAGCCGAGCACUGCGGUAUUGGCGGAUGGCUGAAUGGAAACUCGUGGAUCUUGUCUCAGACACCGAAGCCUCUCAACACACCUGCAGUUAGUCUCCUUGGUCAUCGUUAUGACCCAGUCUUGGGCCACCUCGGGACGUCUUUUGUUGCGUGGGGGAACCAAUCAGUUGUCCAACGCUCUGCCAGCUUCAACGCCCCAACCUACGGUCGAGAUUUCGUUUUUCGCGAGUACAUUCCAACUUCCGGUUUCUUCUCUGCCGCCGUCGUCCACGUUAUCACCAAGCUCGGGAUUAUCCUCCUCUGUAUUCCUUGGUUCAGAUCCUUUGUUCGUGGAAAGGCGCUUAAUCCUGGAUCUGGACCAGACAGAGAAGAAAGCAGAAGAGUCGAAAGUGCUGAGUGGAAAGCUACAGCGUACAUCAAAGGGAGCAAGGAGCCUACAGCCGUGGCGGAAUUUGGGUACAAAGGUGCACUGGUCGACAUGGCUGCGAUUCUAGCCGUUGAAGCUGCAGCCACGAUUAUGGAGAUGCCCAAGGCUAACGGUGACGGAUCACCUAUAGCUGGUUUGCUAACACCCUCCAUACUGGGUUUGCGGUUCGUUGAUCGGCUGAAGAAAAAGAAAUUCACUUUGGGUGUAUACGAAGUAUGA